AUGGUGUUUCAAAAGGCUUUGUUUUGGUUGGCUACCACUGUGCUGGCGAGCCUCGUAUGUGGUCAAUCAAAUGCACCUCCUGGUGUAGAUACUUGGUGUGGGAAACCGUAUCAGAGCAAAGAUAAAUCGAUCAAUCCAGGAGGCCAAUUUGCAUUUCCAUCACUUCAAAAAGAUCCGUUGUUGUACAUUACAGUCCACCCCAGAUACACCAUCUUCCUUGAGACUGAUGGAAUCGGCUCUUUCAUCGUUGGAGCUGAGAUAUCUCAUGUCUUUGGGGAACCCUUCGAUGCUCCUCCAUCCAAUCUCAAUGUAAUGAAAUUCCAAAUCUACAGCCAGGAAAUCGGUUCAAUCCUCGUCUCUCAAAUCGACCUAAACACCACUGGAAACAUCCGCAACUUCUCCCUCGCUCAAUUUCCACCCCGCCUCACCCCCUACCCGAUCACCCUCUACGCUACCAUCCCAGGCAGCACUAAAACCUUCAAAUCCACCACCGAAAUCUACGUCCUCCCCUCCCGUACCUACGGAAGCGCCGUCAAAAUUGAUAACCUCCACGGUGGCCUCCUCGUCCAAAACAACAUCAACAAAUACAAAGGCUGGUACCCCAUCUUCCCCAACGGCCACUACGUAGACGGCGGCUACCUCACCCCCUCAACCUUCGACCUCACCCACCUAAACACCUACGCCGCCCAAGGCUUCAACACAAUCAAUAUCGUCCCCGACGGCGGCCGUCCCGACCAAGCCUACCCCAUCGACUCGCUCUCCAAAUACUGGGAUCGUCUCGACGAGUUGAACCUCUUCAACAUCUACGACAUGCGCUUCGCCUUCCAAAACAGCACGCGCAUUUCCGACCAAGUUGCGCUAUGGAAGGAUCGCACCUCCCUGCUCAUGUGGUAUACAGCCGACGAACCCGAUGGCUGGGUCUACGCGCUCAACUCUACCAAACUCGCUUACGAUCAACUCCGCGAACUAGACCCCUAUCACCCCGUCUCCCUCGUGCUCAACUGUCAAGAUUUCUACUACGAAGAAUACGCCGCCGGCGCGGAUCUCAUCUGGCAAGACGCCUAUCCGGUGGGUAUCAACGCCACGCAUUCUAUUCCCUGGGGUACAGUCUGCAAUACUACAUACGGCGACUGCGGCUGCGACAAUUGCGUCGGCUCCCUCACCGACGUCGCGACGAGACUCGAUGAUAUUCAAGCGUAUCAAGCUGCUAUCCCAUAUGCGCUGCAGAAACCCACAUGGUCCGUCAUCCAGGCGUUCGGGGAACAGAGUUACUGGCCGCGCUUGCCGAAGGGGAGUGAGGUGCUUAAUAUGAUGAUGUUGAGUGUGAAUCAUGGGGCGAAGGGGAUUACGUAUUGGAUUUAUCCGAGCACGGACGAUGUUAAUGUUGGGAGUGGGGAACUGGGGAAGGUUUUUGGGACGGAUCUGGCGAUGGGCUUUCUUUUUGGGACGGAGCCUGUUAGGGAGUUGAGGGUUGAGGGUGCGAGUGUAGAUGCUAGUGCGUGGGCUGUUGGGGGGAAGGUUAUGGUUGGUGUGGCUAAUGGGUUGUAUUUUUCUUCGAGGGGGAAAGUCAAGAUUCAUCUACCGGAAGGUAUCAAGGUGACGAGCGUAGAGAGCCUCUUGUAUGGAAAUAAAGGAUGGACUAUCGAAGGAGGAAUGUUAGUUAAAGUCGGUUUAGAACCGCUUGAGAUUGCGCUCUUAGUUUUGAGCUAG